AUGUCGGCAUCGCUUCCUCUUCUCUCUCCCCUCGUCACGCGCAUCAUUGAGCUGUCAGGCUUCCCACCUCAGCUCAAGACCAGAGACAUUCAGGCCAUCUUCGCCCAGUGGGAGGAUGAUCGCGGAGGCUUCAAGAUCAAGUGGGUAGAUGACACCACUGCUCUCGUCAUCUUUGCCGAUGCUGCCACUGGUGAGUCUGACUCUGAUGCCGAUGUCUGUUGCGGGGAGGACCACCCAAACCCAGCAUACAUGCUUGCGUUUUGAGCUCCUAGAUGGGCGCUGUAAGCUGGAGCACAGCUGGAUGUCAGUGUUUGCGCGCUGGCGCUAUUCAGUGCGGCGCCCCUCGACAUUCGUGAACACCAUCUAGUCAGGGAGCUUGAAGGCUAACUUGCAAAAUCUACUCUACCUCUUACGCAGCCAAACGCGCCUACCUGCACACUCUCAUGUCACCACCACCUUCGCUCAUGAACUCCACUGGUAUCUCGGCCAAGGUGCGCCCUUACGAUGGGGACGAUGCUUCUUCGAUCAUCGCGUCAGUUCAAAACAGGCCUAGAGGAAGAUCUAACGCAGGCGCUGUAGCCGAGCCAGCAUACGGAGGUUCUCCCUCUGCGAGUCCCGCGCAGGCAGUUGCCAGUCCGCGCUCCGCCAAUCGAGGUCUUCAGAGUCUCGGACACCGUCGCGCGGGCAGUGGAAGCAAUCCUUCUAGCUUGCCACCUAAGCCCUUGGCCGCUGCCCUGUACGAUGCAGCAAACGGGGGUCCAAGUCCCGCUCACCACCUCGCCAAUGCAGUCGCAGCCGAGGAGGAAGCUCACGGCCCUGAGGCUCUUGCUAGCAUUCAAGCCGCCGGCGGAGUCCUUCCUGGCGCCUCUAUCAACUCCAACGGAAGUAAGAGCACCAGUCCUCGCGCCGCCCCUUCCAUUCCAGGAGCACCAGCUUCUCUGCCUCCCAACCCUCUCGCUGCUGCUUCUCAGGCUCGCACCUCCCCACAAACUUCCAAACUUGGAGCGGCCGCUGACAUUGUCAGCGCAACCCCGUCUGGAAGCUCGGCUGGUCGUGUUGGCGCCUAG